GCUGCAAUGGGCGGGGUUCCGGCAGUUCCCGCCCCCUCUUUUUCCUCCACCCCCUGCUCAGCCUGUUGGGGCAGAAGCUGGGGCCCCCGCCGAGGUAGCAGCAAGCGUCCGCGGAAACCUGACACACCCACCUCCCUGCCCAGGCUCUGCGUGUCCCCCCAGCUGCCAGGCAAGAUGAAGCCCAAACUGAUGUACCAGGAGCUGAAGGUCCCCGCUGAGGAUCCUGCCAGUGAACUGCCUAUGAAUGAAAUCGAGGCAUGGAAGGCUGCGGAGAAGAAAGCCCGCUGGGUCCUUCUGGUCCUCAUCCUGGCCGUGGUGGGCUUUGGCGCCCUGAUGACUCAGCUGUUCCUAUGGGAAUACGGAGACCUGCAUCUCUUUGGGCCCAACCAGCGGCCAGCCCCUUGCUAUGACCCCUGCGAAGCAGUGUUGGUCGAGAGCAUUCCUGAGGGUCUGGAGUUUCCCAAUGCCACCGUGAGCAACCCUUCCACUAACCAGGCCUGGCUGGGCCUGCUCGCUGGCGCUCACAGCAGCCUGGACAUUGCGUCCUUCUACUGGACCCUUACCAACAAUGACACCCGCACACAGGAGCCCUCUGCCCAGCAGGGAGAGGAAGUCCUCCGGCAGCUCCAGGCCCUGGCUCCCCGAGGUGUGAAGGUUCGAAUCGCUGUGAGCAAGCCCAACGGACCCCAGCCCCAGGCUGACCUGCAGACUCUGCUGCAGAGCGGUGCCCAGGUCCGCAUGGUGGACAUGCAGAAGCUGACCCAUGGUGUCCUGCACACCAAGUUCUGGGUGGUGGACCAGACCCACUUCUACCUGGGCAGUGCCAACAUGGACUGGCGCUCCCUGACCCAGGUCAAGGAGCUGGGUGUGGUCAUGUACAACUGCAGCUGCCUGGCUCGAGACUUGACCAAGAUCUUUGAGGCCUACUGGUUCCUGGGCCAGGCAGGCAGCUCCAUUCCGUCCACCUGGCCCCGGCCCUAUGACACCCGCUACAAUCAAGAGACGCCCAUGGAGAUCUGCCUCAAUGGCACCCCAGCCCUGGCCUACCUUGCGAGUGCACCCCCACCGCUGUGUCCAAGUGGCCGCACCCCAGACCUGAAGGCUCUGCUCAACGUGGUGGACAGUGCUCGGAGCUUUGUUUACAUUGCCGUCAUGAACUACCUGCCGACUAUGGAGUUCUCCCACCCACGCAGGUUCUGGCCGGCCAUUGAUGAUGGGCUGCGACGGGCUGCCUACGAGAGGGGUGUCAAGGUGCGCCUGCUCAUCAGCUGCUGGGGACACUCUGAGCCAUCCAUGCGGUCCUUCUUGCUCUCCCUGGCUGCCCUGCGUGACAACCACACCCAUUCUGACAUCCAAGUGAAACUCUUCGUGGUCCCUGCCGAUGAAGCCCAGGCACGCAUCCCCUACGCCCGCGUCAACCACAACAAGUACAUGGUGACUGAACGUGCCACCUACAUCGGAACCUCCAACUGGUCUGGAAGUUAUUUCACCGAGACUGCGGGGACCUCCCUGCUGGUGACGCAGAAUGGGAACGGUGGCCUGCGCAGCCAGCUGGAGGCCGUUUUCCUGAGGGAUUGGGGCUCCCCUUACAGCCAUGACCUGGACGCCUCUGCUGACAGCAUGGGCAAUGCCUGUCACCUGCUCUGAGGCCUGGCCUUGGGGACAAGCUGAAGCCUGUGAGCCCUCUCAGGGACCUGGAUGUGCUGGGUCCCUGUCCCCUCCCCCCCCAUGCUCUCGCUUCUGUCUGCCCCCUUGUGGAUCCACAGGCUCCCCCCCGGACCCCACACUCCUGCUGCUACCUCCAUCCCCACCGGCCUGAUGCUAUGGCCCCCAGACCUAGCAUCUGGGAGGGAUCAGGCCCAAAGAAGUGGGGGAGCAUGCUGGGCUCAAACCUCUGGUCCAACCCCACCCCUCCUUUCUAGGGCAAAAAGGGCCCAUGAUUAUAAUAAGUAAAUAAUUGUCUGUACAGCCUA